AUGUCAAUAAUCCGUCAAAAAGACGGUCAUCCCAAUGUAAAAUUUUUUGAAUCAAUUGAAACAUUAAAUCAAUUUGAUACAAUAAGAAAAGCAUUACAAAAAAAAGAAUUAAAAAAAAUUUUUGGUGAUGAUCAACAUCAUUUAACAAAAGAUAGCAUAGCACAACUUGUUAUACAAUUACUUCGUUUUCAAGAAGAUCAUCUUGGAAAACAAUCAAAUGGUUCAGCACCACUUAUGCGAAUUCCAAUGGAAUGUUUUUUGGAUUUUCGUGAAUCCGGUGCACUCUAUACAAUUAUUCUUAGUUGUUAUGAAUAUAAAAAUAAUAAUAAUUGGAAAAAACUUGAUUUAUCUACACAUAAUCGUAAUGAAGUCAUAAAAUUAUUUCAAUAUAUACAAAAAUUAUUAAUUGAACGUAAUGUCUUAACAUUACCUAUAUGUUAUCUUCGAUCGGACAUUGAUAAACGUUUACAAACACAAUUAAAACAAAUUAUUGAAAGAAAUAAUGGAACUGUUGCAGAAAAAGAAGAAGAUGCUGAUCAUAUUGUUUAUCCACAAAUAACUGAAAAUCCACGAGAAAUUGAUAUUGAACGUGAAAAUGAAAUUGUUCGUGUCGUAGAAAAACGUGGAAAAGAUUGUCGUUUACAUUAUUGGUUUUAUCCAGAUUCGUUUGAUAUUUGGGUAUCAAAUAUAGAUGCUGAAGAAUCAGAAAAACGAGAUGAAACAUUUCAAGGUAUUUGGCAUGUAGCUGCUAAUUGGAUAUUAGAUACAGCAGAAUUUAAUGAAUGGAUGAAUGAAGAAGAUUAUGAAAUUGAUGAAGAUUUAGGAAGAGAUCAAGGAAGAAUUAAACUUAAAAAUUGUAUACCUGGAAGAAAAACAUUGUCUAUGCUUGUUCCUGAUCGUAAAACUGAAUCAAAUGCAACGACAGUAUCUAGUGGAACAAAAAAUAAUUCUAAAAAACGUUCGGCAACAAAUACAACAUCUAAACGAAAAAAAAAAAUGUGUUCUGGAAUUGAUUUAGAUGAAAAUGAUUUAUCUAAAGAUGGAGAAAAUUCUUUAUCACAAUCAAUUUUUGAUGAUCAAACAUCAUCAAGAACACCAAUAACUGGUCAAAAAACGAAUGAUUCUCAAUUACCACGUGGUGCAACAUUAAAUGAUUUAAAUGAUGACGGUGAUGAUAUUGAUGAUCAACAAAUUCAAGGUGAUUCAAAUCAAAUAAAAAAAUUUAAUGAUCCUGAAGCAUGUGAACAAACACAUCAUAUUAUAAUUCCAAGUUAUUCAGCUUGGUUUGAUUAUAAUGCAAUAAAUUCAAUUGAAAAACGUGCAUUAAGUGAAUUUUUUAAUGGAAAAAAUCGUUCAAAAACACCUGAAAUUUAUAUGGCUUAUCGAAAUUUUAUGAUUGAUACAUAUCGUUUAAAUCCAAAUGAAUAUUUAACUGUAACAGCAUGUCGAAGAAAUUUAGCUGGAGAUGUUUGUGCUAUAAUGCGUAUUCAUGCAUUUCUUGAACAAUGGGGUUUAAUUAAUUAUCAAGUUGACGCUGAUUUACGUCCAACACCAAUGGGACCACCAUGUACAUCACAUUUUACUGUUUUAGGUGAUACACCUUGUGGUUUAGCACCUGUUGGACAUCCAAAAGGAAUACAACGAGAAAAUUCAGCAUCAAAACAAAUAACAGAUUUAAAACAAGAACCAAAACGUGAAGAAAGAGAUGUUGAGAAUAAUUUAAGUUUAAGACCUGAUCAAUAUAAUAAAAAACUUACUUUAAAUCCAAAAACAAAAGCAAAAGAUUGGUCAGAUCAAGAAAUUCUUCUAUUACUUGAAGGUCUUGAAAUGUAUAAAGAUGAUUGGAAUAAAGUUUGUGAACAUGUUGGUACACGUACACAAGAUGAAUGUAUAUUAAAAUUUCUUCAAUUACCAAUUGAAGAUCCUUAUUUAGAAGGCAAUGGCUCAACAUUAGGUCCACUUGCAUAUCAACCAAUACCAUUUAGUCAAAGUGGUAAUCCAGUUAUGUCAACUGUUGCUUUUCUUUCAUCAAUUGUUGAUCCACGUGUAUCAAGUGCUGCUGUUAAAGCUGCUUUAGAUGAAUUUACUAAAAUGCGUGAUGAAGUUUCACCAUCAUUUAUUGAAACAAAUCGAGAAAUAAUUGAAAAUGCUUUAAAAAAAGGAAAAAAACUUGAUGAAAAUUCAAGUUUAGAAUUACUUGGAUUAACAAGUAGUACAGAUGAAACUAUAACAGAUAAAACUAAAAAUAGUACUGAUAAUGAAGAUCCAUCUAAAGUUAAACAAGAAAAAAUGGAUAUUAAUGAUGAACAACAAACAUCAACAGAUAAAUCGCUUAAUCAUGAAGAUGAAUCAAAAAAAAUGGAUAUUGAUGAAAAUGAAAAAUCAAUAAUAGAAACAAAUACACAAAGUGGUGAUACACAAAUUAUAACUGAUGAUACAUCAUCAACUAUUCCAAAAACAACAACAAAUGUUGAUCAAAAUUCAAAAAGAACUUCAGCUAAUGAUGUUAAUGAAAGAGAUAUUAAAACAGCUGCAGCAAGUGCAUUAGCAGCAGCAGCUGUUAAAGCUAAAUAUUUAGCUUCAAUUGAAGAACGUAAAAUAAAAUCUGCUGUUGCACAAGUUGUUGAAAUGCAAAUUAAAAAAUUAGAAAUUAAAUUACGACAUUUUGAAGAAUUAGAAACAAUUAUGGAUCGUGAACGUGAAAUGCUUGAAAUUCAACGACAACAAUUAUUACAAGAACGACAACAAUUUCAAUUAGAACAAAUAAAAGCAUCAGAAUUAAAACAUCGACAAACAACAACACAUCCUAUAACAACACCAUCAACUGUACAUAAUACACAAAUUUCUAAUGUUAAUACAAAUGGUAAACAACAAUCAAAUGUUACUUCAUCAUCAUUAUCAUCGUCACCACCACCCCAACCACCACCACCAUCAACAACAACAGCAGCAACAAAUAUUCCUUCACAAUCAACUAAUGGAAAUGAACCACAUAUGCAAAGUGAAGAAUCAACAGAUUCUCAACAAAGUGAUGCUUCACCUGCUACAAUGACAUCACCAAAAAUGUUAUCAUCAUUAGGAAAUGAUAAUAAUAUUCCUGAAGGCAGUACAGUAGAAGCGACAACAACUAAAACAACAACAACAACAACAACAUCAACAACAUCUUCUCAUGGUGUUACAAUUAAUAAUACAAUAAUCACUACAAGUGAAAAAAUGCUGAUUGUAAACACCGGUGAAAAUGGCAGUGAUACAAAUAAUAUUACUAAUAAUGCUCCUGUACCUACUAUUACAGAAAAUGACAAUACAAAUAAUAAUAAUUAUUAA